GUUCCUUCCUGGGAAGCUGCAGCCUGUCAGCAUGGCUCAGGAGUUUGUGAACUGCAAGAUUCAGUCUGGAAAGGUGGUCGUGUUCAUCAAACCCACCUGCCCCUAUUGCAGAAAGACUCAAGAAAUCCUCAGUCAACUGCCUUUCAAACGUGGUCUCCUGGAAUUUGUGGACAUCACAGCUACUAACAACACCAAUGCGAUUCAAGAUUAUUUACAACAGCUCACCGGAGCAAGAACAGUUCCUCGGGUCUUCAUAGGUAAAGACUGCAUAGGCGGAUGCAGUGAUCUACUCUCCAUGCAACAGAAUGGGGAGCUGACGGCCCGGCUGAAGCAGAUUGGAGCUCUGCAGUUAUGAAAGGGGUGGCAGGCCCAUACUGACAGCAGUCGUCCAGCCAUGCUAAUGGCCAGUGCCCCUGAGAGUUGAUGUGCAUCACAGAGGAUGUCAGUAUAUACCGGUGACUGGGAUUUUCAACAAAUUGGCUUUUAUUUCUUCUUUUCCUCAGUGCUAAAAACUGUUGCUGUUUGCCUCUAACCAUGGGGCUGAGAAGCUUAACGGAGCACACGGUUUGAUUAUCCACUCUUCAUGUGCCCACAUGUCUCUUCCUCUAAGCUCAUGUUUCCCAAUUCAGUGGAUAUAAAUCUCCAGUGAAUCUGUUGCUGGUUUCCUGCCACUGCUGGUCAGCUGAAGUCAUUUUGCAGAAGUCCACUUCUUAAAUGAUUGUUAAUCAAUGGAUAUUGUGAAAUUGAGUCACAGGCCUUUCCCUCCCUCAUGCAUGCACCAUCCCACUUCUGCAUUCACAGCUCUCAGCCAGUGUUCUCAACCUUGCCCUCCCACAACCCACAGAAGUCCACACUUGGAUGAGGAUGCUGUUUGAAAAAUCAAAUGAAGAACUUUAGCAUAGUUGGUUCUCACUGUAGCCAUAUUAACAGAGCAGAUGGUGCGUUCAGCUCUGUUCGUAAAGGUGAUUAAUUGCCCAGAAAUUCCCAAGCAGUUGUGUGUUGAUCCUAAUUAGAGUAACAGCAAAGUCAAAUAUGAAAUGCAAAACUGCAGAGCUCUCCUUCCAAGAAUGUCUGUGAAAGAAGUUGUUUGCAAAACACUCUCCUAGAUAAUUUCUUCCAUUCGCAUUUUGACAUUUUGCUUUGAUGUCUUACUAUGACAUUUAAUUAUCAUGGAACUGUAGGUCUCUUCUCUGGUCUCCAAUGAGAAGGACUCAUUCAUUCCUAAUAAAGAUGUAUCUGUAGAUGA